AUGGAUAUUUCUGCAAGUACUUCUGAAAUUCUUCCUACUAUUGAACAAAUGUUACCAAGUGCUCGUGGUCCGGAAUGGGACGUGAAAAUGGAAAUUGAAUUCUUUCGAGCUAUUAUGAAACACAGACCAGUUGGUAUUCACCGUCAUUUCCACAUGGUAAAUGUGCAUCACGAAUUUAAUGCUAAUAGCGCAGUAAAAUGUACGAUACCUGAGCUAUGGGAACGAUUUGGUACAUAUUUUAACCUGUCUAAGCUUGAAGAUUUGGAUCGUGAUUUCGAUGAAGAAGCAGAUGAGGAUAGUACAUUUACAGAAUUCAGUUUACCAAUGGAUGAAUAUUACCAUCUUAUUGAAGAGCAUCGUAAAGCUGGUUCUUCACGUGGAGCUUCACCCUCACCGGCACCCACAAAAAGCCAAAAAAGUCGGAGAGAACACUCACCUUCGCUAUCGCAUACUGCUUCUCAAGAGUCUUCGCCAGAACCUGAAGAUAAUAAAAAAUCGAGAAGAACUAGAAUUUCAAGAAAACCAGAUGUUGGAGAACCCGUUAAGGUACAAACUUCAUCAAAACGUGGCGGAGCCAGAACACGAAAAACAUCAGAUGCAGCAUCAACCACCAUGUCAAGUGGGGCAGGACCUAAGCGUGGUGGCAUUCGCAAGAAGCAGAAAUAA